AUGCUAUUCGCAAGUUGCGUAAAAGCGGCGCGCUGGUUGGUCCGUGCGGGUCUGGCUUGUACUGGAACUUUUUCCUUUUUGUUGGAAUACCUCCUUGUGGCCCCUCCCCCGCAUCCCCAGUUCAUUCCGUCCCCAUAUGAUUCUGCCAUGGGGAAACCUCGAAUGAUCAUUCUGGUGCGCCAUGCGCAGUCAGAAGGCAACAAGAACCGCGAUAUCCACCAGACCAUCCCAGACCACCGGGUGAAACUCACAAAUGAAGGUCUCCGACAAGCAGAAGACGCAGGGCGUCGUCUUCGAGACCUGCUUCACCCAGACGAUACACUUCAUUUCUUUACCUCACCAUAUCGGCGGACCAGGGAAACCACAGAGGGGAUUCUGGAAUCCUUGACCUCCGACACUCCGGCUCCUUCGCCUUUCCCCCGACAUACUAUUAAAGUCUACGAAGAACCCCGGCUACGAGAACAAGACUUUGGAAAUUUCCAACCAUGCUCAACAGAGAUGGAGCGCAUGUGGAUGGAACGGGCAGAUUAUGGCCAUUUCUUCUACCGGAUCCCCAACGGCGAGUCAGCGGCCGAUGCCUAUGACCGAGUGAGUGGCUUUAACGAGUCGCUUUGGCGCCUGUUCGGUGAAGAUGACUUUGCGAAUGUUUGCGUCCUUGUAACACACGGUCUCAUGGCCCGAGUAUUCCUCAUGAAAUGGUAUCAUUGGAGUGUGGAGUACUUUGAGGACCUUCGCAACAUCAAUCAUUGUGAAUUUGUGGUCUUGACAUUGAACCCAAACAAUGGGAAAUAUACUCUUCAGAACAAAUUGCGUACCUGGUCAGAUCUUCGGAAAGACAGGGAGAAUGACAAUGCUGCGAAAGAGCAGCCUACUGCAUCCCCUGCGUCUGCUGCAUCUCCGAGCCACAGUGACCAUAUCCCACUUCGGCGCAAGUGGGGUGGCUGUCCCGACGGCUGUACGCAUGGAAUGAAUGCAGAGGGGAAACAAGCAUUGCGAACAAGUCUGCUGAAUUCCAUGCACCAGCAUAAUCAUCCUCAUUCCCAUAAGCACGAUGAACAUCAUAGCUUUGGCUCCAAACUACAGAAAUCGAUAUCCAUCGAUGAUGUGGUAUCGUCUUCAGAAGACAGCGCAGCCUACAAUGAUACUCGGGACAGCACAUACCACCGGCAGCGCACUGCCAGCGACGAUAGUACCGGAGACCCAAAACACUACCAUUCCAACUCAGAAACCCGACCAAGGGUCACUCCAUCAGGAAUAAAGCGAUCAACUCUCCAUGGAAUCAACCGCAACAGCGAAGAUCAGCUCUUCCACCCUCCCUCCGCCUCGUCCUCAUCCUCAGCACAUCUGAAAUACGCCCUCCUCCACCUCGGCGGUCGUGACGGCGGCGGCUCAAUGAGCGGAGCAAACAGCCUUGCCCCAUCCGACGACGAAACAGAAGACCAUCUACCCCGCCACACCGUACCAACAGUCUCCAGCCUCGGAAAUGGAAGUCUAUCCCACGCCAACCAACAACAUUUCAAAUUCCCCCUCGAAGCCCAACGUCCACCCCCCUCCCAAGAACUCGAGGACGACGGCGACGAUGAGAUGAGUGGUAACUCCACUGAACAAUUCAAAAAACCACGCCCACACCACCCACAUAAUCAGUACUUCGCGAAUCAAGAGCAUCGCAUGGCUAACAUCCUGGGUGAUGGCGACGAGUCCUCAACACCAUCUGAUACUCAGACGCCCAGACCGGAAAGUUCAUCGCCAUCUCAUACGCAUGCUACUUUGGAAGAUCAACAGCGACAAGACCAAAGUAUACAAGGGAGCGUUUAUUAA